AACUUGCCGAGGUAUAACCAACCACCUCUCUAGAAAACCAGGUCAAGCUAAUUAGCUUCCAUCUGUGAUCUGUUGAUUAGUUCAGAAUAAAAGCAGUUGGUCUUUGGACUUUCUAUCCCCAUUGGAUGUAGUCAUUUUAGAGUCAAACAUUUUGACAGUGCCUGAUCUUAAUUUGGGAGUAAAUGUGACUACUGGAUAAAUAGCUGUGUAGUUCAGUUUUUCUUAUAGAAGCAGUCUGACCCUACGAUUCAGGGCGGUUCUCAUAUGUUGCAUAAUAUUGUUACUAAUCUGCUUACCAGAAAGAAAGUAGCUGUUCACAGGAAAUUAACCUUGCCAAAACCAUCCCCUUAGCAUUUUUCCCCUAAUUUUUUACAGGAAAAAACACCCGUAGCAAUCUAUUAAAAACCAGCCAAUUCCCAGACUUAAGACGCACUUAAGUUUGUCUUGCUACUCGCUACUUUCACUUUCAUUUUAAGAAUUUGGAACUUAUAGUACUUAUAUCACACAGCUACCCCAACCAGAGACAACUGAUGCUGACAAACCAACACCUCACCAGAACAUGUUAUAGGAGUGUAAUCAUGUUGCAUUUCCUUCUAUGGGCUUCACUGUUUCUCUUAAUUAUCCACGAACAAGUAUGUCAAGAUGGUGUCCUGCAGGGACCUCAGGAUGUUAAAGUGGAUUAUAGCCUUUCAGAGCAACGGAUAUCUGUAACAUGGGAAGAUGAUCCAUUUUCCCGGAGAGGUCCUGAUAAACUCAUUUAUGACGUGGAGGUUCUCUUAACUGACAGUAUGAAAUAUGUGCACAGGGUACGUGCUUAAGUCAACGAUUGAUAUUCUGGCAUGGACUUCAUUACAGUUUGGAGGAUAUUUCAAGAUUAUUAGAUACUGUAUUCUAACACUUUGGAUUUGAAAUGGUACAUUUGACAAUUUUGAUCAUGUACAGACUUUCAUCUUUAAUUUGAAAGGUUUUCAUCCAUAUCAGGUGAACUAUAGAGAACGCAAUUAACCCCGUGAUUUUAUGACAACAAAAGCAUUUGGACAGGUCCACAUUAUGUACAAUGAAGUAGUCAUGUUUAGUUUUUGGUCAUAUAUGGAUUUCAUUUGGACAUUUGGAUUCAGAUCGGUGAUUCACUGGGCCAAUGAACAACAUUCCACUCCAUAUUUCACAGAUAAGGUUGUAUGGCAGUGUCUUUUCUUCACACUCCAUUUCCAUCACUCUGGAAGCUGUUGAUGUGACAUCAGACCAAGUCUACAGUAAACAUCAUUGGAGUUGGACCUCUGUUUUACCUCUGGAAUGCGCCUCCCACUCAGUCAGACUCCGCUCUCGAUAUCAGACAUACACUAGUCAAUGGAGCCCCCUUCAGACCAAUACUGGGAUGAAACCAUCAACGCCAGAGGUUUACCCAAAAAACAAAGUGGUUCAAGUUGAUAGCAACCUCACCUUCUGCUGUAUUCUUGGGCCAGGGGAGAGUCUUAAAUUCAUGCAUUACAACAACACUCCAAUGAAAACCAUCAACAUCAGUGAGCAGAGCUAUGCCAUGGUUGUACACAUGCGCACUCCUUCUCCGCCCAACUGCAUCAAUGUCAACUGUAAUUUAGCUACUUAUGGCACCUGUGUUUAUGUGGGAUAUCCCCCCGAUGACAGGAACCUUAUAUGUGAGACCCGUGACUUGGAGUCAGUGGUGUGUCACUGGGACAAAGGGAGGCUCACCUACUUGACUAAAAAGAGGCAGACUCAGUAUCAUCUGAACGGAAGAGCUUGUCCACAUGACACGAUGACAAACUGCAAACAAACAGUGAGAGUGGAUCAGGGGGAGAAGAAUUGGACAUUGACUGCCGAAAACCCCCUUGGCACACUGAAGCUCAUAGACAGAGCAGAUUUAAAGAAAAGAGUGCAUUUAUUAGCUCCUGUGGAGUUGGAGGCAUUAAAUGUGAAUGCUAGAAAUGCCAGCGUCCAGUGGCGGUGGGAAAUAAAUCAGUACAACAACCUACUGAUGAUUUGCGAAGUACAGCUGGAGAACAAUGGGCAAAUAGACAUGAGGAAACAUUCUGGAAAUGGCAUUGGGUCAGUGAUUUUAACUGACCUAGCCCCAGCGCAGACGUACACAGUGCAUGUGCGUUGUGGAUUAAAACAGCACUUCUGGAAAUGGGGUGACUGGAGCAGAGGUAGUACCUUUCAAACCAACGAGGACAUUCCUGAAAAAUUAGAUGUCUGGAUGCAGAUUGAGGGGAACCAAACCGUUGUACUUUGGAAACCACUUUCAGCGAACCAGAGUCAUGGGCAUAUCUUGGACUACGAGGUGACCUGGGGAAGACAGAAUGCCACUGUCAUUCCAACUCGGCAUUACUUUCCCCUCAGUGAUCAAUUCACCAGUGAGAGGCAUAGGGUCACAGUUACAGCCCGAAACUCGGCCGGCAGGUCCCCUCCCACGGCCAUUACUAUUCCCAGGCUCUCUAAGCCAAUGAGGAGCGCUGAGAAUGUCGUCGGCAGUGAUGGGGCAUUUGACCUGGUAUGGUCCGCCAGCCCCGACGCUAGGUGUGGCUACGUGGUAGACUGGUGUCCCACAUACAAAGAAUGCAGACCACAGUGGCUGAAGGUACCAACGGGUAUAACCAGGGCCAGAGUCCAGUCAGUUAGUUUUGAAGAAUGUGUGAGGUACACAUUCUCUAUCUACGGCUGUACUCCAGGGGCCCCAGAGCUAUUAGAGAGGAGGGAGGGCUAUGUGAAAGAGUGCCUUCCAGAGGUCCAGAUUAAGGACUUGGACGUACAUCAGUACGGUUCAGACACAGUUCAGAUCUCAUGGACUGGUAUUCCCUUAGAGAAUCAGACAUCGUUCCUUCGUAGUUAUGUCAUAUACUACUUCAAUAGCUUAGAUCCUGCCAGUGUGAAAGCUGUCCAUGUCUCGCCAGACGAGCCCAAGGCCAAGAACUUGACAGGUCUUACCUCCGGCUCAUACACAUUCACACUGAAGGCCCUAACAUCAGUAGGAGAGGGAGGAGAAUCAUCACCGUACUAUAAAAAGAUUGAGCCGCCAAUUGACCAGUUGAUCACAGUGAUGGUCAUUUGCUUGGGUUCUUUCGCCUGUCUCCUCACGCUGGUCACCGUCGUAUGCUACAGAAACUGGAACUGUAUAAGAAAUAAGCUGUAUCCUAAAAUUCCAAAGCCAGCGUGGAAUGACAAAUGGUUGACAGAACGGGACGGCCAUGGUUGCCAAAUCCUCGAUAUGGAUCGAUGUGAUCCCAGUAAGAUUGAUACAGUGGGUGACCUACAGCAGGCCGGAGAAGUUGAACUGGAAAACAAUACAGGAAACAAGGACAGCGUUUUACCCUGCACAGAUUCAUACAUCACUGCUCCGCAUGGAAACUACAUCCAGUACCCUCCAGAACAUUCCACCUCUGCUCCUCAUGUAAUGUCUUUUCAACAUUCAGGAACACAAAUCAGGAACUACUCAUACAACCUAGUAACACAGGCUGCUUUAGACAUUGGACAGCCCUCUAUUGACUCACCUUACUGUCCUAAACCUGAACCUCACAAUGACAUGUCUCAUGUGCCCUCUGGCUGUGACCUCAGGAUUUACCAGCCCCAUGUUACGUAGAAGCCAGCUAUCUAGCUAUAGGCGUAUAUGCAUUCAGAAUCACUUUUAAUCUCGAAGUGAAUAUACACAUUUUCAAUUGUCCCUGGGCUGUUGGUAUUGCUUGUGAUACAGACAGAACUCACUAUAUAUACAGUGUUUAUGACUAAUAUAAUCUGGGCUAUAUGGUAACCUCACCACAGUACUGAAACGGCCCGGAUUAAAGUUUUAAAGGAUAUAUGCCUGAAUACUGAUUCUGAUAAAAUAACAGUUCUGGUUCUAUUAGAUCUCAGUGCAGUAUUUGACACUGUAGAUCAUA